AUGAGCGAGCUGCCGGCCGACCUGCGCGCCUUCCUGCGCGAGCACCCGAGUCUGCGGCUGCAGCCCGGGGCGCGCCAGGUGCGGUGCGCGCUGACCGGCCACGAGCUGCCCUGCCGCCUGCCGGCGCUCCAGGUCUACACCCGCGGCAAGAAGUACCGGCGGCUGGCCCGCACCGACCCGGCCUUCGACUACGCCGCGUUCGAGCCGCACAUCGUGCCCAGCACCAAGAACCCGCACCAGCUCUUCUGCCGGCUCACCCUGCGGCACAUCAACAAGUCCCCCGCGCACGUGUGCAGGCACACCCAGGGCCGGCGCUACCGGAGGGCCCUGCAGAAGUAUGACGAGUGUCAGAAGCAGGGCGUGGAGUACGUGCCCGCCUGCCUCCUGCACAGGAGGAGGAGGAGGAAGGACGGGCAGAUGGACAGCGACGGGUCCCCUCGCCCCGGAGAGGCCUUCUGGGAACCCACGUCCAGUGACGACGACGCAGCCGCAAGUGACAGCGACGACAGCAUGACAGACCUGUACCCACCUGAGCUGUUCACCGAAAAGGACCCGGGAGACACCAAGGGUGGCGCUGAGGACUUUCUGACAGAUGACGAUGAGGGGCCCAGGUGCCCUCGAGAGAAGGGCCCUGGGGACAGCGAGGGGACAGGAGUGGGCCUCAAGCGCAGGAAGAAGCAGUCGGGCGCCUGCAAGAAGAAGUUCGGACGCUGCGGCCGCAAACCUCCGCGCUGGGUUGUAUUUAAACAGGCGGGUUAAUGAAGGCCGCUGGAGAAACGCCUGGAAGGCCUGUGAGCUCCUUCAGGUCUCACCUCCUCCUCCCCCCGCCGCCUGCAGGCGUCCCCCAGCCUACCCGGGUCCCUGCUCUGCUGCGCCCACUCUCAGGUGCUGCCUGAGGGCAGGAGGGGCCGUUCACAGAUGCCAGGGUGCCCCACACACCCAGGACGCAGUAGGGACCCAAGAAUUCUGUCUGGAUGUGGCUUCUGCGUGUCUUCAGCAACGCGAGGGGGUGCGCGUGGCCGACCGCGCCUCAGGGCCCUGGCCACCUGGCCGGGCGCUGCCAGGGGACUGCACCGAAUACAACAAAUGCCAUCGUUUAUUUUGAUGUUUCCAAAAUCAGAAUGUUUUCAAACAUAACUAAGAUAAAAUACAGCAUAAAAGGAGAUUUAUACCUAUUUCCCACAUAAAGCAGUUUUCAGAAAUCGU